AUGAUUUCCGCCUCUCGCGAUUGGUUGCAGUCAAACACGACCUACUCUCUUUUAUAACGUUGAUGUAAAUUAGUAUUUACUUAUACAAUAUUCCAAACGGCGUACUACAGUUCUAAUAGUAUAUCAUUAGAAGGUUAGAAUCUAUCAAUUAAGUGUUUACGAACAAUUCUGAAUUCUGUAAGAUCGAGUGUCCUUUACCCCACAGUUUUGUCUAACGUAAAAAUUAUUAAGCUAGCAGUGAAAAAAAAAUUAUUUUUCGACAUUUUGCUUAAUAUUUUGUCGAAAAUGAACUGGGUUGGCGGGUCGAGGAACCGGCUUAUGAUGAAAAAUGAUACGAAAAAACAGCGAGAAUUCUUUGAGAAGAGGAGAAUGCAAAAUAAACUGAAAAACCUGGAAGUUGCCACACCUUCCUCCCCUAAAGUCAGUUCCUUCGCCAGUAUGGACCUUGUGACACUGUUUGUGGUCAACCAGAUAGCUGCAAAGAAAGAGCUGAAAGAUCCUCCCCAAGUAUCAGUUUUGGGCUCCAAAGGAGGCGGGAAGAAGUGGAGUGGUAACAAACCCUUGGUACUCCCCAUGAGCCCCGGUUCUCCAUCCCAGCUGAGUCUGGUUGAGAGCCAACCACAGUGCAGAGUUCAAGGUGUUAAGACGAAAAAGAUUGUCCCACAAGCUUUCAAGAUCCGGCCACUGUCACCAGUUGUGGAGUGCUCCUUUUCGGACAACAGCGCAGCCGACUACCUGCCUCCUAUAGCGGAACCCCUCAGCCCCUUCUCAUCCUCGUCCUCCUCCUCAGGGAGAAUCUUUCCGCAGAGACCGCAGAGCCAGCCACUUCCCGGCUGGUCCCUUACACCUUGGGACACAUCGAGUCUGGAUCAAAACCUGUUUCAGCCAUUCUUUGAGCCCAGAGGGAUCCAAGAAGACAUCGUCUGGUCUUCAAACCCGGCCACACCCUCUGCAGCUUUCUUUGGAACCCCAGAGACACCCACUCACUACCCAAGAUCUGAAGACACCUUCCUGAGCCAUUUGUCUCAAAUUGAGCCCACCCUGGACUUCACUCUCAACCAGACUGGGAACGAGCAUCACUUUGAAGAGGACGUCUUUCCGGGACUUAUUAAUGACGAAUAUGAAAGUGAUGCUUAUCAUUUCGGGAGUGAAACAACAAAGGCGUAUCUCAAGGAUGAAACGUCAAUCCACGCUUUGACCCCACAAACUGUCCCUGAGCCACAGUCAGUUGGAGUACAGCUCCCCAGUUGCAGUCUGAACUUCACAUGUCCGGAAUACCCAAUGAACGUUCGGGGGUGUUCGCCGAGUUCCUUUUGCAAGAGGCCUUACCUGAGUUCAGCCUCCAGUGAUGUUGAAGAAUGCUGUUACUCAUUGGGAUUUCCCGAGAGACGAGCGCCACCCGAUAGCCCGGAGAUGUGUGCGUGCAAGAAAAGACCCAGUGAAAAAAGGGAUGCAGAAACUCAAACCAUCCACGAGUCCACCUCGGACAAAUCCGAUGUCGCCACCCAGUGCAGCUUGCUCUCAGACACCUUUCCACCUGUUGUGUCACUACAGCAGGACGCCACCAGGGGGCACCUUGGCUGCACAGAAUCUCCUGUGGAGAGAGAAGCAAAGACUGGAGGGAGGCGACCUCUGUGGAGGAAGAAGAAAUCCAACCUUUUAAGCAUUUUGAAUACAAUUCGUCAGUGUCACAGCAGAAUGAGUUCACAGAUGCCCCUUCAGGACAUAUUGAGCAAAAUCAGUAAAUGUAUGCAGCAGAGCCCCCUGGAGAAAGCCCCCCCAGAUGAAGCAAGGGAGGAAAACGGCACCGCCAUUGGGGCGGAGGAAGAAUCUCUCUGGAAAAUAGCCGACAUUUUGCUCCCGCGCAUGCAGAGGAAGGAUGUCGAAUGACGAUAAGGGAGGAAGAUUCUUGAGCUGCAGUUCUGUCUGGUGGAGGGCGAAUUCGGUGAGUCCUGAACAGCGGCGUAAAGUACGAGAGGAGAAGGGAGGUUCAGGCCCAAGCAUUUGGUUUGAAAUCAACUAGUACAUGCCCCCCCAGUGCGGUGUCGUUACUUGUUGUUAGUGGUUGCCAUGACAACCCAAAACAUCCUGAACUUCUGUGCACUCCGGAGAGAGAAACGAACACGUGGUGUUGAGUGGGGCAACAGUUUAAUUCAUUUUCGGACCUCGGGUGACAGGAUAGUGACGCAACAGAAUUCAACUUCCUAAAUACCACCUUCCCAUAUAUUGCACACGUGUAUGUUCCUAAUCGCCGUGUUAUCUCCUGUCACCGUGUUUGUGUGCGCAUGUCUGCGGAGUUGCAGCAGAUUGACCGAUUAAAAACAAUAAGAUGAAAUGCUAAUAAAAGUGCCGU